AUAGUGCCCUGUGUCAGGGCAAUCGGCACCCAAAAGUAUGAAAUAUGACAAUUACCUUUGGGUGGCGCUUAUAGCGCUUACCUUCCUAAGCACCACAUCCGAAGCUAGAACUAGAAGAAAAAAGUUGAAAAACAAACCCCAAUCCGAUGAACCUGUAGAAGGCGUCCAAAAUCAGCAAGCACAAGAAUCGGAAGAUUACGGCACUGACUAUGAGUACGAGUACAACGAAUAUGACGAGAAAAAACCUGCUUCUAGAACAACACCUCAACCUCCAGAUGAGAGGCCUGUAGAAACGACUGACACCAUUUACAGACAACCUUCUGACGAGUUGCCAACUCCAGAACCAACAGGUAACAUUGGAGUUUACGUUAUCGAAUCCACUGAACCUCCGACGAGUUGCAAGCAAGAUGGCAGGACUUACGAGGAUAAAGACAAAUGGCAGGUUGGAGUUUGCACCAAUUGCACAUGCCUUCGAGGUAAGGUCAAAUGCGAAACUGACCCCAAUUGCCUCAGAGGUCCACCUGCUACAAUCGACUACAACGGAGCACCUGUACAAGGAGAACCAGGUCGAAGUGGUUACCCAGGUGAACGGGGACGUCCCGGUGAUUCCGGACAUCCGGGAUCACCCGGUAAUCCGGGAAUACCCGGAUCACCGGGUCCACCAGGCCCAGCCCCGGAUCUAUCCGCGUACUACCAACAACUUGCAUUAUCGCAAGCCAGCGGCGACAAAGGACCAACAUACCCGGAACCUUUCCAGUACUUGCAAGCUGCGACGGGACCCGUAGGUGCUAGAGGACCUCCCGGACCACCGGGUUCUUCGGGUCCGCAAGGUUUUCAAGGGGCGAGAGGCGAAACCGGCGAAACCGGACAAUCCGGCCCGCCCGGACCCAUCGGACCCAGAGGGUCACCCGGACCGGUUGGUAAAGAUGGCGCUCAUGGUGAGGAUGGUGAGGCCGGUCAGCCUGGAGCUGCCGGUCCACCGGGUUCCCGGGGUUUGCCUGGGAUGCCUGGACUGCCCGGUGUGAAAGGGCAUAGAGGUUUUCAAGGUAUGGAUGGCGCCAAGGGGGAGCAAGGUGUUUUCGGUGAAAAGGGUUCGCAGGGUAGCAUGGGACCCAUUGGGCCCGUGGGAGCUAUCGGACCUGCAGGUCCCAGAGGCGAGAGGGGGCGUGAAGGACCCCCCGGUCCCCCUGGGUUUAGAGGAUUAGACGGUGUUGCUGGACCACCUGGGCUACCAGGAACCAUCGGUAAGCCAGGUCCACCGGGAUUCCCGGGAAGCCCUGGAGCUAAAGGUGACUUGGGUUCUCAAGGACCAAAAGGUAGUCAAGGAUUGCAAGGACCUAGAGGUGAAUCUGGAAGGCCCGGACAACCCGGAGAAUCUGGACCACAAGGUCCAGCUGGUAGAGACGGUUACCCUGGAGAGAAAGGAAAUCCUGGGGCGGCUGGUAUGGCAGGACCCCCAGGGUUCCCUGGAGCUAGGGGCCCACCCGGAUUGGCUGGAAAUCCUGGACAACCUGGUGCCAAAGGAAACAUUGGUACUCCGGGUGAAAGAGGUUACAAAGGCGAAAACGGCAUAAAAGGCGAAGCUGGCUCCCCAGGUCCUAGAGGCCUCCCUGGCAUAGCAGGCCCGGAAGGCAAACGCGGCAAACGUGGAAUGCGCGGACCUUCGGGCCCAUCAGGCCCACCCGGAGAACGCGGAUUACCCGGAGCAAAUGGCCUCCCCGGUCCCGACGGAGCACCAGGCCCGAAAGGCCAAGCUGGAGAUAGAGGCGGUUCGGGACCAAUCGGACCGAAGGGAUCGACCGGAGAGCCGGGAAGACCCGGGUCCAACGGACCGCAGGGGUUGAGGGGUAUGACGGGCAGGCCUGGAAUGCCGGGCAAACCUGGAGGACCCGGAGAAAGGGGAUUACCUGGAGCUGACGGUAGAGCCGGCGAACCUGGACCGCAAGGCUUGCAGGGGUUGCCUGGACCGAUGGGGAUACAAGGGGAUAAGGGUUUGACUGGGGAAGCUGGCAAGGAUGGCGAAGUCGGUCUACCGGGUCCCCAAGGACCCAGAGGAGAUGCUGGUAAAGAUGGUUUGCCUGGACCGGGUGGUCCACCUGGACCUGCCGGUAAUGAUGGCGAAAGAGGACCACCAGGAGUUGCGGGCCCAAGAGGUUUCCAGGGAUUACCUGGUGCUCAAGGUACUCCUGGAGCUGCUGGUAAAGAUGGAGAACCUGGAGUUCAAGGACCUCCCGGUAUAGCUGGAAAUCCUGGAGCUAGAGGUGAAAGGGGUUUCCCUGGAGAAAGAGGAGUACAAGGAUUUACAGGGUUACAAGGUGCUAAAGGAUCUACAGGAGAACAGGGAGCAGAUGGAUUACCAGGGACACCUGGUGUUCGUGGUAUGAAAGGUCACAGCGGCCCACCAGGUCUCGUAGGCCUCCCAGGUCUAAGAGGAUCCCAAGGAAUGCAAGGAGAAAAAGGAGAACGUGGUUCCUUUGGACCCAUGGGACCCGAAGGACCUCCCGGAAGACAAGGAGAUCGUGGCUUACCGGGUCCACUAGGACCGCCGGGGCCACCUGGAGAACCAGCCGAAAGAGGAGAACAAGGACCUCCAGGUCCAAGCGGUGAACCGGGCGCUCCAGGAAGCCCAGGAGAGCGCGGUCAAAUCGGACAACAAGGAAUACAGGGAUUCCCUGGAUCACAAGGUUUGGUCGGUCUUCCUGGAAUCAAGGGCGAACGAGGUUUACAUGGUUUUAAGGGAAUGCAAGGAAACCAUGGAGCAGUCGGCAAACCUGGUUCACCAGGUCCUCAAGGACCCAUAGGUUUAACAGGAGCAAAGGGAGCCAGAGGUGAAUCUGGACCCAGAGGAGAUGCUGGACUUAUGGGACUUGCAGGAAGACCUGGAGAACCUGGAGCAGCCGGUCAACCAGGAAACACUGGGGCAGCAGGUCCUCAAGGUCUCCCAGGAAUCAAGGGAUCCACAGGAGAUGCUGGCCGUGCUGGUAUGCCAGGACCACAAGGACAUCCUGGCCUGCAGGGUAUCGAAGGAGCUAAAGGAGAAACGGGAUCAGAAGGACCAGCUGGUCCAGUUGGACCUGCAGGACCAAUAGGACCAGCCGGCGACAGAGGAUUGCCAGGCUUACCAGGACCACCUGGUUCGAUGGGAAUGAGAGGUCUGAGAGGAGCUCAAGGUGAAAUUGGUGAACAGGGUAAACCGGGACCUGAAGGUAAACCUGGAACACCUGGCAUGCACGGCCCACCAGGUCUCACAGGACCAAGUGGAGAUCAAGGACCCGAAGGACCCGCUGGUAAAGCUGGACCGCCUGGAAUUGCUGGAAGGACUGGAGAUAAAGGACCGCAAGGUUCGCCUGGGCAACCUGGACAUGACGGAGCACCUGGAUUACCAGGCCCACCUGGAUCACCUGGACAACAAGGAUUAUCCGGAGAACGUGGACCAGCCGGAGAAACAGGACCUCAAGGGGUGGAAGGUCCACCUGGAGAACAUGGCAAACCCGGAGUCCCGGGUCUGGAAGGCGCUAAAGGAGAACGUGGAAACGAAGGACCUUCGGGACCCAAAGGGCAUCGCGGUUUACCUGGCAUGCCAGGCUUAUCCGGUCCGCAAGGUUUGCAGGGCGACAAGGGGUCGCAGGGUUACGCAGGCUUGCCGGGUAAAGACGGCGAAACAGGUCAAAGAGGAUCUCCCGGCCGUGACGGAAGUCCCGGGCCGCAAGGGGUGUCUGGACCACCUGGACCCCGCGGUGAGACCGGAAGUGACGGUAAAUAUGGAGCACCCGGACCUGCCGGGCCUCCUGGACCCCCCGGUCCGCCUGGAGAAGGUAUGGGAUAUGACGCUGCUUCCUUGGCUGCUCUAUUGGCUCAUGGUCAGAUUAACAACCAAAAAGGACCCGAUGCACUUGGCGAUCAACCUCCGAGGAUUUUUGGCAAGGAUAUGACGGAGGAAGAAACCAGAGAAAUCGUUCUCAGAGCCUACGAACAACUGAAGGCCAGCUUCGAGAAGUUUAAGAAGCCCAACGGUGAGAAAAAAUCGCCUGGCAAGACAUGCAGGGACAUCUUGGUGGCCUAUCCAGAAUCACAAAGUGGUCAAUAUUGGAUCGAUCCUAAUGAAGGUGACACUAAGGAUGCCAUUUUGGUACAUUGUGACAUGGAGAAAAAGGCUACAUGUGUAGUACCAAAACCAACAUCAUCACAAGAAAUCACAUAUACCGGUAAAGAACAAGAAAUCUGGCUUGGUGAAAUCGAAAAUGGACUUGCACUGUCCUACAAAGCCGACAGUACACAAUUGGGCUUCCUGCACUUGCUCUCAUCCAAGGCCCAACAAAACAUCACAUACCAUUGCAAAAACACCGUGGCUUACUAUGAUGCCCACAAACGUACCUAUAGAAAGGGACUCAAACUCAUGAGUUGGAACGAUAUUGAAAUAACACCGAAGGGCAACAAAUUGCGCUAUGAAGUUCUAGAAGAUGAAUGCAAGCAUCGCCGAGAUUCCUGGGCCAAAUCUGUAAUUACCUACAAAACGGACAAACCACAGAGACUUCCAAUAACUGAUAUUGGUGUAAGAGAUAUUGGGGCCUCCAACCAGGCCUUCUGGGUCGAAAUUGGGCCAGUGUGUUUCACAUAAAAAACUAGGAAAAAGUUAACUAAAUAUCACUGCCAUUGUACAAGAUCAAAAUUGUUCAAGAAAACUUAAUAUUUAAGUCUGUAAUAUAAAAUUUUGUACAUUCUAUGAUUAGAAUUAUUUUUAUGGUGCUAUAAUGAUAAGUGUUAAAUAUAAGAAUAAUUUUAGUAACAAA